AGGGUAGACCAUAUAAUAUUAUUAUCCUCAUGGAAUUUAAUUUGGAAGUAGGAACAGUUGAGGAUGAGGAUGAGGAUAGGUAGUGGAACAGUAAUCGCGAGAAAAAAAAAUACCCCCAAAAAUAAUCAAACAGACCAAGACCCAGAAGAUUUGAAGGGAGACCGAUAAAGAAAUUAAAAGUUCAAUAUACCUAUUUUUGAUCUGGUAUUGAAUGAAGAAUGCACACGAAGGGCCAAGCAGGGCAGCGAAAUUUGUGGAUUCAACAAACUAUUUUUAGGGGCAGGAGGAGGGCAGGAGACAUUCAAACCAUAAUUGGGUACAUGCAUGGAUUGAAUGAGGCAAACCAGAAAGACAAAAUUAAUUUGGAUUUAUGAGGUAAGUACAGUCUCUCGAUUUUCCGUAAACAUUUUGGUCAAAAUUUCAAUUGGGUUCCAUGCUUUGUAGAUGAUUAUGUUUGAGGAUGGACUGAAAAGAUGAGAUUUUGUAUUGGGUACUGGUAGUAUUGUUGUUAAUCAUGGAAUGGGUGUGUGAGGUUAUUGACGGGGCCAUGGCAUAUCCAGAUCUUAUUGCUUGUCAUAUUGAAAUCAUUUGAACAGAUUGAAGUGAAGAGAAUGAAUAUGGUGUCGAAAUCAUAUGUUUUUGUUUAACUUAUGAGAUGAAUUUGUUUUGGAUUUUGACGGCGGUGUUAUGAAAUUGUUGUAGAGAAUGGAAUGAGCGGGUGAAUUAAUUGGGUGAGGUCUGAGAUUCAAAAUGGUGUCAAAAUCCUUUGUUGAUUUGUUGGAUUUAAGCAAUGAUCCUCUGCCAUUUGGGACUAAGAAAGGCCUUAAUACGGUAGCUGAUGCACCAUCACCGUCUAGUGGUGGUGGUGGUGUGGAGAGGAUUAUCAUUGUGGCAAAUAUAUUGCCUUUGUCUGCGUUAAGGAAGCCUGACAAUCUUGGGUGGUCAUUUGGGUGGGACAAGGAUUCUUUGUUGCUUCAGCUCAAGGAUGGAUUGGGAGAGGAUGUGGAGGUUGUUUAUGUGGGUUGUCUCAAUGUGGAAAUUGAUCCCAAAGAGCAGGAUGUGGUGGCUGCUACUUUGCUUGGGAGCUUCAAUUGCGUCCCUGCCUUUUUUGGCGUUGAUCUCAAGAGGAGGUUCUAUCAUGGUUUCUGCAAGCAGCAACUCUGGCCACUGUUUCAUUACAUGCUGCCAAUGACGCCUGAUCAUGGUGGCCGGUUUGACCGUUCCCUGUGGCAGGCGUAUGUGUCAGUGAAUAAGAUCUUUGCUGACAAGGUUAUGGAGGUCAUUAGUCCUGAUGAGGAUUCUGUCUGGAUUCAUGAUUACCAUUUGAUGCUUCUUCCAACAUUUCUCAGAAACAGGUUUAGUAAGAUGAAGAUAGGAUUCUUCCUUCACAGUCCUUUUCCAUCAUCUGAAAUUUACCGCACUCUACCCGUCAGGGAGGAAAUUCUUAGGGGUCUGCUCAAUGCUGAUCUAAUUGGAUUUCACACAUUUGAUUAUGCGAGGCACUUUCUAUCUUGCUGUAGCAGAAUGCUGGGAUUGGAGUAUGAGUCUAAAAGAGGGUAUAUAGGUUUAGAGUAUUACGGGCGCACUGUGGGGAUUAAAAUUAUGCCUGUGGGGAUACACAUGAGUCAGCUUGAAGCUGUUUUGAGGCUUGCUGAUACAGAGUGGCGUAUAGGUGAGCUGAAAGCAAAAUAUAAUGGCAAAAUUGUGCUGCUUGGGGUUGAUGAUGUGGAUAUUUUUAAGGGCAUUAGCUUGAAGCUUCUGGCUAUGGAACAGCUUCUGAAGGAGCAUGAAGAUUUAGUUGGUAAAGUAGUUUUGGUGCAAAUUCUAAAUCCUGCACGUGGACGAGGUAAGGAUGUUACUGAGGUACAGACGGAGACAUUGCUCACUGCUCAAAGGAUAAAUGAGAUCUUUGGGAAAGAUGGGUAUCAGCCUGUUGAAUUGGUGGGAAGAUACGUUCCUUUAUAUGAAAGGAUUGCAUUUUACACUAUUGCUGAAUGUUGUGUUGUAGCAGCAGUUCGAGAUGGUAUGAAUCUUAUUCCAUAUGAAUACAUUGUUUGUCGGCAAGGCACAUCAGAACUGGAUGCCAGCUUUGGACUGCCAUCUGAUACUCCCAAAAGAAGUAUGCUGGUAGUGUCUGAAUUCAUUGGUUGUUCACCCUCUUUAAGUGGAGCUAUUCGUGUAAAUCCAUGGAAUAUUGAGGCUUUAGCAGAAGCUAUGAAUACUGCCAUUACAAUGCCAGAUGCCGAGAAGCAAAUGAGACAUGAAAAACAUUUUAGAUAUGUUAGCACUCAUGAUGUAGCUUUUUGGGCUCAGAGUUGUAUAGGAGACUUGCAAAGGACCUGCAAAGAGAACUCAAGGAAAAGAUGCUAUGGGCUAGGGUUUGGAUUGAGAUUCAGAAUUGUCAGUCUUGAUCAUAAUUUUCGUAAGCUUGCCACUGAGCAUAUUGUCUGGGCUUAUAAAAAGAGUAAUAGACGAGCAAUUCUUUUGGAUUAUGAUGGUACCAUGAUGCCUCAAACAUCAAUUAUCAAGACCCCAAGCCCUGAAGUCCUAACAGUCUUAAAUACUCUUUGUAAUGAUCCUAAAAAUGUGGUCUUUAUUGUAAGUGGCAGGGGACGACAAACUCUGAAUGAAUGGUUCUCACCUUGUAAAAAGCUUGGUAUUGCUGCAGAGCAUGGGUAUUUCUUCAGGUGGCAGAUGGAAGAAGAAUGGGAAACUUGUGUGCAAGUCACGGAUUUUGGAUGGAAAGCAGUUGUGGGACCCAUUUUCAAGUUAUAUACAGAAAGUACAGAUGGUUCCUUUGUAGAGGAGAAAGAGAGUGCAGUUGUAUGGCAUUUCCAGGAUGCAGAUCCAGAUUUUGGUUCUUGGCAAGCAAAGGAAUUGCUUGAUCAUCUGGAGAGUGUUCUUGCAAAUGAACCAGUUGUUGUUAAGAGUGGGCAGCAAAUUGUGGAAGUUAAGCCACAGGGAGUGAGCAAAGGUGUUGCAGUUGAGAAGCUUUUGACAUCAAUGGCUAGCCAGGAGAGUCCUGAUUUUAUAUUGUGUAUUGGAGAUGAUCGUUCAGAUGAAGAGAUGUUUGAGAUUAUUGACAGUACAAUGGCAUCUUUGCCUAAAACAUCAAAGAGGGAGGUCUUUGCUUGCACUGUUGGCCAAAAACCAAGCAAGGCUAGAUAUUAUCUCGAUGAUACAGUUGAAGUACUUAACUUGCUACAGGGGUUGGCAACAGCAAGUGAUUCGUUGAGUGUGAGUUCACCGAGAGUAAUGGCUUCCAGAGUUAUUUUGGAAGGCUAGUGUUUAUGCAUUCUUUCAUGUGGUUCAUGUACAAAACAAGUGUAUAUAUCUAAAUAAAUUUUGCCAUUUGAUAAUGCAUAAUUUUUUGGACCA